AACUUCCUCGGCCUGUAAUCAUAGGCUGUCGCGUCGGACAGGGACGAUUUCCACCUUCAGCAGGGGAGAGCAGCACCACACAACCCUCUCAUAGUGAAUCUCCUUUUGAAAGGCACCCUCGCUUAUAUCCAGCCUUUUCUUCCUUUGAGAUGGCGAUGUUCGGUUGCAUUAUUGCCGGGCGACUGGUGCAAACCAAUAUGCAGCAAGUUGAUGCGACGAAGUAUGUUUUUGAUCUGGAAGACCCGCAAUCGAUCAAUCACAUAGUUGUCUUCAUGACUGGCGUGCAGGCCUUCCCGCCAGGAUUCGCAGCUACGGUGCAUUUCUUGUGGCCAUCACCAAGCGCGGCACCGCAAUGGCAAUUACUAGGAAUGCUCUCAAAUGAAAAACCGUCCGCCAUAUUCAAACUCGGAGGCAACAAAGCAGUCGCUUCGGCGUUCACGAAUUCAAAUGGCAUGUCCCCGACCACGGUCAUGACCCCCGGGAUAGCCGCCACGAGCCCGGCGCAACUGGGCAUCUCUGUCGAAUCAAUCGACAUCGUAAUGGCGCAAAUCAAUACUUUGCAUGCGAAUUCCCCGUCGCGUAAUCCCGCAGCUGCGGGCGCGAUCGUCAGGAAUGUGGACCCCAUGAAAUUGGUGGAGAAGGUACUGGAGAGCUUGUACAAUUUCUGUUCGAGCUUUGCGGGACCGUUGCCGCCCAUGUCGACCGCGUUGUUUGGGAUGGACUGGGGGUCUACGUUCAUCCCUCUGAAGGCGUUGCAAGAUUGGUACUUGAUGAUGCAAAGAAAACUGAAGGCAGACCCAUCGGGGGGCAGCAUUAUACGAGCAGAUUAGGCUACUUAACAAUGGAUGUCCCGGCGUACUGUAGCGUAGUUGCACGGGUCUGUCUCAGCGUUUCCUGUGGCAAUGCCCUUUCCUUUUUGGCCGACACCCAUCAGUAACAUCUUGUGUAAUCAAAGUAGAAGUCGCACUGGGUCGUUCCCCUUUUUUCAUGAUUCUUGUCGAUCUUCUGUUAGCAGACCUCCCGCCGGGCACAUUUUAUGCUUUGGGGAGCGAUCGGAAGCACGAAUCGACCACAUCUUUACUCGACU